CAAUACUUAAUUUUUAAUUUUUUUUAUUAUUAAUAAGUUAUUCUUAAAAAAGGUUUCUUAAUUUUUUUUUUAGUACAAUGUGUAAUUUUUUUGUAGUUCGUGCCUCUCUGAAUUUUAUUUGCAUAUCCAUAGUGACAAGUUCUCUAUUUUUAUUAAUUCAUGCUGAAACCACUCAAAAGAUUCGUUAUUCUGUGGAUAUAACAGAUGAAAAUUAUGAACAGAUACGAAAUGGAAUGUGGGUUAUUGGAUUCUUUGACAAAGACACUCAGGAGAGUUUAGAUUUGGAACGCGAGUGGGAGUUCUUUUCUCUUUUAUCUCAAGAACAAGGUGUUAAAUUUGGAAAAAUUUUUGGACCUCAAAAUCCUGCCUUGUGUGUGCGCUUCCUAGUUACUUCGUACCCGAGAUUUUUUUACAUUAAGAAUGGAAUAGCACAUUCAGUGAAGAAAUCAAACAAAGAAGUUUUACUCAAGAUUAUUGAGGGCAAAAGAUGGCAUUAUCCUAAGAAAAUCAACUUUUUGUAUAAUCCAUUUUCUUACCAGAUGUCUUUGUUGUCCAACCUGUUUGUGCAUGCAGCCAAUCUUUAUAACUAUGAGGAUUCUAUAGUUAAGAAAUUUGUGCCUUUUUCAAGUGCAACAGACGUGUUUUUUGGAUUGACUUUCAUAGUUGUGGGAACAUUUCUUGGUUUGUUGAUAACCAUACUGUUUGGAGCUUUCCAAGUUUUCUUUAUGAGCUCCUCCAAAAGCUCGUCCAAGAGCUCAGAAGAGUCCCACAGCAACACAGAACGACGCUCUUCGCAUAGCUCAUGUGAUUCAUCUAGUGGUAGUACCAGCUGUCAAAGUGAUAGCAGUGAUGCGGAAAUUAUUAGACCACUAAGGAAAGAACGCACUGUAAGGAAAAGAAAGCAAAAUGCAUCUCAGUAAUUAAAACACUGUGUUUUUGUUUUUGCUAAGUUGCUGGCUUAGUUACUGCUAAGCUAUAUUGAAAGGCAGCACAUAGUUACCUAUCUUAAAUUACAGUCACCAUAUUUCUAAAAUAUUUUCUCAAUUUUCUUUUUGUAAUUUCUUGACAAACAAAUUUUUAUUAAAAGUCAUGUUAAAUACAAACUUUCUCAUUUUUGAAAAUAAACAUUUAUUUCUUAUUUACAAAUAUAAUUAGUGUUACAAUGGAAUCAACUUUUCAUCUCCCAAACAUGUUUGGCUUUAAAAGGAAGUAAUUCUGUAAAUAUAUUACCUUUAUUUUUAUGAUGUGCCCAAAGACUAAUGUCUUUUGCAUUUAUAUCCUCUACCACUCAUUUGUGUUAUAUUUUGCUGUGAUAUUAGUAUGAAAUAAUUAGUUUAAUCUGAUCAGUAAAAUAGUAAGAAAAAGUUGUAUCACUUGCUUUUGUUAGAAAUUUACUAAUUUUUUAUAUUACUGCAUGUAAUGUUUGUUAUAAUACUUUUUUAUUGUAAUAAUUUUAUGAAAAUGUCUUUUUUUUUAAUAAGAAAAAUAUGUUUGCUUCUUGUAUUUUUGUCACUGUUUUACUGCACAAUAUCUGAACGCUUAAACCACAUGUUACUGUCUUUGUUUAUUUCUUUCGUGUUGAACUAAUCUCUCUAAAAAAUUUAAGUAGUUGUUUCAAAAUUUAAAAUAUGUAUAUAUGUGUAAAUAUUUGUUUUUAUAUUUAAAAUAACUGAAUAAAGAGAAAAAUGUGUGAAAGUAAAUAUAUAAUGACAAAAAAAAAAAAAAAAAGAAAGAAAGAAA